GUGAUUUUGUUACAUCAGAAUGAGCAGAACGAUCAAAAGUAAGUGCGAGCGCAUAGCCUAGUAUUACUGUUGAUAUAAACAGCGCAAGAGCAAGCUGGCGACUUGUUUGUAAGGAUGGACGCAACGACACAUACUAGUAACAACUUCCGAACCCGGCUCUGGGUUGUUGCUCUCUGCAUUUUCAUGAAGAUCAGUAUGAUAAUCUUCUUCUGCAGCCCUCAAGUCAAUGAAAAACCGAACAAAACCUAUUCGUUUGCCGGCGACGAUUUCCCUCGACUGUUGCCCCUAGCACAGGCCGAUCCAGUCAUGAUGGCCUUCGAAGAUUCAAUACAUUAUCAAAUAAACACUGAAGAUGGGAAGGCGGAGUGGGCCAGCCUAAUACCGGGUAACGGGCUUGUUUAUUUGGGGGAACAGCCUGGUCACCCAUUCUCGAUCUCGAUGUUCCACCAAUUGCGUUGUCUCGAUAUCCUACGAGACGAUAUCGUUGGAGCGGACAGCAACGCAGCCCUGAGCCGUCACUGUCUCAACUACUUGCGUCAGAUGAUAAUGUGUCGCAGUGAUGCCCAGCUGGAAAACAUACUAUUAGGAAGCAAAGACAGUCCAUUUCCACAAUUUUUCGUGCAACCUGGGCCAUACGUGUGUAGUGAUUGGAAUUUCGUACUGGAGGAAGUGAAGAAGAACCAGGCUGGAUCCGAGUUGAUGCCAUGAUAAUCUCAUAUGCGAGUCGCAGGGAAUAUCGUCUUAGAUUCACUGCACGAUAAACAGUUUGAUCCGAUAGAACGCAAAGUCAAUGCAACAGCAGGUGGCUUUCGAUUGUAUUGAAUACACACGCAUGGUUUUGUCAGUUAGAUAUUUGCUUCCAUUUUGAACACCGACAAUGCCGUGAAGUGAAGCAGAGAAUAGUCAUGAGGCACUGUAAAUAGGAUAGAACUAUGAAAC